GAGGCUCACAGAAAAGAGAGACGGAAAGAGGGGGAACGUGAGGGAGAGCAACCGCUAAACGGAACGGGAAUCCAAGUUUUUACACUUGACCCGUCUUUUAAACUCUUUUUUUAAAUAUUUGUUUACCUCAUCGUUUUUUGACUAUCGGAGACGGGGUACUGACUCUGUGUGGGUUAUUGUUUUUAUUUUUAUUUUUAACUCUAUCGCCGACACUCAAACCUCGUUUGUUUUGGAUUAGCUAGCUAACGUUAGCUGUUUUCCCCCCACCAGCUAACGUUAAUCUGAGGAAAAGAAACGGGCGGCGUGGUGGAGAGUUUUUCUCACUUCAAAGCAACAGAGCCCUUAUUUUUAUCGGCUUUUUUCUCUUUCUUUCCACCUCACAGUGGAUGGGAACGAAGUAACGCGUACCUCCCCAAGUUUUUCCUUCUUUGUUUUCUUUCUCCCGUUUUGUCGUUUAAUGGGUGUUCAUUCGUUUGCGGCGUGGUGGCCAGCGGGGGUGAAGGAGUUCAGAGGAAGGUCGUAGUAGGGGAAAGCUGUGUCCCUGAACGUUUUUCCUGCACGUAGCUGCUCGGAGGAGUUUCCUGGGAUGUGCUCCAAUCUGUCUUAAAAAGGGGUGAGCUUGUGAGAAGAUAACCAGCAAACAAGCGGGGGUGGGGGGUGGGGGGGGGUCAUAUAAAGACCUGUGGACUUCAAAAGAGGGAGUGCAAACCCGGCCAACUCCCGUUCUUGGAUCUGCAUGUGGCGAUAUCCAUAACUUCAGCCCAAAUCUGCCGUAGGAACACAAGAGGAGGCUGUUUUUUUGUUUUUAAAAACGUUCUGCAUGGUAGAAAUACCUCUUAGCGAUUUGUUUUUGAAGUGGGGCUUCCCUCAUUGGAGCCGUGCAUUACAGAGAAAUGAGCCAGGGGCCAGUGGACCUCCUUCGGGGACCUCCAAACUAGCCUUCCUGCGUGUGGGAUAUUAAUAAUAAUACAGUUACUUCUCUGUUGGUCCAGUGGAGCAGCAACGAUUAAACAGAUGAACGUGGACUGUCGCCUUCACUUAUGGAAAAUGAAGAUUUUUACUCGCACAUGUGUUGCCAGAACCCAAGAUCACGUUAUUUAGUGGUCUGCAUUUUUUCCAGGGCUCGCAUACAUCACAAACUUGGCUGGGAAGAUCCUAAAUUUAUUACCCCCACCUCCCCCCCGUAAGCGGGGGGCAGUCUCAAAUCAGUUGGCUAAAUUGGACCUUACUUUUUUAAGAAUUUGAUACUUUUGAUAUUCCAAAAUAAAAAUCUCCCUAAAGAUUGGAGGUUUUUUUUAUUUGUUUUUGAGAAGAAUCAGGAGGAGAGCACAACUUGCCCUCAAGUCAAAAUGAGACGGUGGACGCUAAAUCUGCGAGCACAAAUUGUGUUUUUUAUCAUCAGCACCUGCAUUAUAUGCCAGUGUGGACUAAUAAACGGAGAAAUCUGCCAGAGCAAGGACAUCCGGAACAAUGUGACCAACCUCCAGUCGUUGGAGAACUGCACCAUCAUCGAGGGCCACCUGAAGAUUCUGCUCAUGUUUAAGACCAAGACCGAGGACUUCCGGGGCCUCAGCUACCCGAAGCUGCGAGUGGUGACCGACUACAUGCUGCUGUUCAGGGUCUACGGCCUCGAGUCCCUCAGCGAUCUGUUCCCCAACCUGACAGUGAUCCGCGGAAACAACCUCUUCUUCAACUACGCACUCGUGAUUUACGAGAUGCUGCAACUGAAGGAGGUGGGCCUCUACAGUCUCAUGAAUAUCACCCGGGGCGCCGUGAGGAUCGAGAAGAAUCCAGACCUGUGCUACCUGGCCACCUUGGACUGGUCCAAGAUCCUAGACUCAGUGGAGGACAACUUCAUCGUGGCCAAUAAGAACGAGAGAGAGUGCGGAGAUGUUUGUCCCGGCACGGCCCAAGGUCAGACCAUCUGCUCACAGAACACCAUCAACGGACACUUCAGGGGACGAUGCUGGUCACAGAACCACUGCCAGAGAAUGUGCUUGGAUAAAUGUAAGCAUGGUGCAUGUAGCCUCCAGGGCCAGUGCUGUAAUGACCAGUGCCUGGGGGGCUGUUCUGAGCCAGGAAAUGCAAGUAGCUGUGUGGCCUGCAGGAACCUCCAGCAUGGGAAUACCUGCGUGGAGAAGUGUCCUCCUGGAUACUAUGUCUUCAGGGGCUGGCGCUGCGUCAGCUUCUCCUUCUGCCAGGAGCUCCACCACCAGUGUAAGCAGACUAAGAAGUUGAACCAGGACCGAGAGAUGGGCUGCUAUGAAUACGUCAUCCACAACGGGGCCUGUAUUCCAGAGUGCCCUUCUGGAUACACCACUAUCAACUCCACUACGUUGACCUGUUCGCCGUGUGCAGGCUUGUGUCCUAAACUGUGUGUCGGAAAUAAAACGAUUGACUCAGUAACUUCAGCCCAGGCUUUGAGAGGCUGCACUGUUCUCCACGGCAACAUGAUAAUCAAGAUUCGAGGAGGGAAUAACAUUGCAGCUGAGUUGGAGGCUAGUUUGGGCCAGAUUGAGGAGAUCACAGGCUACCUGACUGUUCGCAGAGCCUACGCCCUGGUGUCCCUCUCCUUCCUCCGUAAACUACACAUCAUUAGGGGGGAGCAUCUUGAGGGAGAUAUCCACGCCUUCUAUGCACUGGACAACCAGAAUCUGCGUGAGCUGUGGGAUUGGUCCAAGCACAACCUGACCAUCGAGCGUGGUCGUAUGUUCUUCCACUACAACUCCAAACUUUGCAUGUCUGAAAUCAAAAAGAUGGAGGAGGUAACGGGUACCAAGGAGCGCAACCAAAAGAAUGACAUCGCUUUACGCACCAACGGGGACCAAGCCUCCUGUGAGACCAAGCUGCUGAAAUUCACCGUGAUCAAGACCACAUCAAAUAUGAUUAUGUUGAAGUGGGAGCCCUUUUGGCCCUUAGACUUUAGGGACCUACUGGGCUUUAUGGUUCUCUACAAAGAGGCACCAUUUAAGAACGUGACGGAGUUUGAUGGACAGGACGCGUGUGGCUCUAACAGCUGGGCGAUUGCUGAUGUUGACCCUCCGCCCCGUUCCACCGAUAGCAAGAGGGCUGAUGAUCCGGGGCACCUGAUCCGACCAUUAAAGCCCUGGACCCAGUACGCUAUUAUGGUCAAAACCCAACUGUCUGCAUCUGAUGAGCACCAAGUUCACGGAGCCAAGAGUGAGAUCAUCUACGUCCGCACCAAUGCCUCCAAGCCUUCUGUGCCUCUGGACCCCAUCUCCCAUGCUGUCUCCUCCUCCAAGAUCCUCCUGAAGUGGAAGCCUCCCACCAGUCCCAAUGGCAACAUCACCCACUACCGGGUUAUCUGUCGUAAGCAGCAUGAGGACAGCGACCUCUACAAGUUCGACUACUGCCUACAAGGAAUGAAGCUGCCAUCUCGCACCCCGACCCACCUGGACAGCGAGGAUGAGCAGAAGUGGAACCACACAGAUGAGCCCACCUCGGGGGGCAGGUGCUGCGCCUGCCCCAAGACAGACAACCAGCUAAAGAAGGAGCAGGAGGAGAUAGAGUACCGCAAGACCUUCGAGAACUACCUCCACAAUGAAGUCUUCGAGAGCAGACCAUCUCGUCGGCGACGAUCAGUGGGAGUUGCCAACGCUACCCAAACUCCUUUCUUCCUCACCACAGCCCCCGGUCUGCCGUUCGGCUCCACCACAGCCACCCCUGAAAACGAGGAGGAAUCCAAGGUGGAGCUGAAGGUGUUCGCAAAGGAAUCAACAAUCAUCUCCAACCUGCAGCACUUUACCAGUUAUAAGAUCGAGAUCAUGGCCUGCAACCAUCUGACAGACCUCAAACGCUGCAGCAUGGCUACUUAUGUCAGUGCUCGAACUUUGCCAGAAGAGAAAGCAGACCACAUCCCGGGCCGCGUGACCCAUGAGAUAGUGACAGCUGAGCCUCCGUAUGUGUUGAUUAAAUGGAAUGCUCCUCGCUCCCCUAAUGGCCUCAUCAUCCUGUAUGAGGUGUUCUACAAGAAGGUUGGAGACACAGAGGUUCACGCAGCUUGUGUGUCGCGGCCGGCCUAUCUCAAGUUGGGUGGCACGAAGCUUUCGCUUGUGCAGCCUGGAAACUAUAGCGUGAGGAUCCGCGCAACCUCCUUGGCAAGAAAUGGCUCCUUUACAGAAACCACUUACUUCUUCAUGCCCAACCCGGAUCCAGGUUUGAUUUGGAUUGUGAUUGGUCCAGUCAUCUGUUUCAUCCUGUUGCUGUUUGUGGGAGGUGGAGUCUUUGUGAUCUUAAAAAAGAGGCAAACAGAAGGCCCCACAGGACCUCUCAUCGCCUCCUCAAACCCUGAGUACCUCAGCGCCAAUGAUGUGUAUGUUCCUGAUGAGUGGGAGGUACCCCGGGAGAAAAUCAAUGUGCUCAGAGAGCUGGGUCAGGGCUCCUUCGGCAUGGUGUACGAAGGAAUCGCCAAGGACAUCGUCAAAGGAGACCCGGACACACGCGUAGCCGUCAAGACUGUCAAUGAAUCGGCCAGCCUGCGCGAGAGGAUCGAGUUCCUCAACGAAGCCUCUGUCAUGAAGGCUUUCAGCUGUCACCACGUGGUACGUCUGUUAGGUGUGGUGUCCAAAGGUCAGCCCACCCUCGUUGUGAUGGAGCUGAUGACCCACGGUGACCUGAAGAGCUACCUGCGUGGUCUCAGGCCAGACUCUGAGAACAACCCAACCGGCCGUUCACCACCUACGCUGAAGGAGAUGAUCCAGAUGGCUGCAGAGAUUGCAGACGGCAUGGCCUACCUCAACGCCAAGAAGUUUGUCCACAGAGACCUGGCAGCCAGGAACUGCAUGGUGGCAGAGGACUUCACCGUCAAGAUUGGAGACUUUGGUAUGACCCGAGACAUCUAUGAGACCGACUACUACCGUAAAGGAGGGAAGGGCCUGCUUCCUGUCAGGUGGAUGGCUCCGGAGUCUCUGAAGGACGGGGUCUUCACUGCCCACUCUGACUGCUGGUCAUUUGGCGUCGUGCUUUGGGAGAUCAGCACUCUCGCAGAACAGCCUUACCAGGGUUUGUCCAACGAACAGGUUCUGAAGUUUGUCAUGGAUGGAGGAUACUUGGACCGGCCAGAGAACUGCCCCGAAAGGAUGCACAGCCUAAUGCAGAUGUGUUGGCAGUACAACCCCAAGAUGCGGCCAAUGUUCCACGAGAUCAUCGAGAUGCUGCGGGAGGACCUGCACCCGUCUUUCCAGGAGGUCUCCUUCUUCUACAGUGAGGAGAACAAAGUACCAGAGACAGAGGAGUUUGACCUGGACCUGGACAACAUGGAGAGCAUCCCCUUGGACCCGUCGUCAUACUCUCAAAGAGAGGAGAGCUUAGGCAGGGACAGCGGGCCCUCGGUGGCCCUCAGGGGGAACUAUGAGGAGCAUGUCCCCUACACACACAUGAACGGUGGCAAGAAAAACGGACGAAUCUUAUCGUUGCCCAGAUCCAGCCCUUCCUAACAUUUCCUGUUCCCUAAAAGAACUUGUUUAACCUGCCCACCUCCCUUCCCUCCCUAUCCUUCUUUCUCUUCUAGUCCAUUUUUUUCUGUAUCUUUCAUGUUCCUCUCCUCAUUUUCUAAUGAUUUUCCUAUUCUUGGAGAAGCCCUUCAAAAAAGACACAGAUCUCAGGACUUUUUAUUUUCUUCCUCAUGACUGCCGAGCACAGGCAAGCAAGGGAUGCAAACAUGGUGUAACAUUUUUUUUAUAACUUCCUCCACAACACAUCAGAAUUUCUAUUAACAUAUGACCUAUCUAUUGUUUUUCACUAUUGCCACGUUUCCGGGACUCCUUGUGAUGGAAACAGAGAAAAAACAAAAACUGUGAACACAACAAACCUUAGACAACCAAGAAGGCUGCUUAUGCUCAUCCUCGUUAAGACUUUUCCCUCCUUUUCUCCCCAACCAAUCUGCAUUUCCACAUUUCUGUGCUUUGUUUUUUUUCCCUCCAAGUGAAAUCUUGUUACUCAAAUAGUGGCCUUUUUGUAUGUGGCCUAUAAACAAAGAGAAGUGUCUAUCAACGCUUAUACUAAUUUGUUUUUGAACAAUGACUUAAUCAGUUUGGAACAGAGGGAUGACUUGCAAGGACUUGAUCCUAGAACAAACAUCAAUUCCUAGAGGAAUGUUUUCUUUUUGUUUGUUUAUUUGUUUUUUUGGUUCUGCAGAAUUCCAAACUACACACAGAUUCAUCGGGUGUUUGGUGAAUAGUUUUAAUUUAUUUGCUUUUAUUGUUAUUUUAUCUUCUCUUUUCCACUUUUUUUUUCUCCCCUCAGUUUUACUUCUGUGUCCUCACUUUAAGGCUGAAGAAUAUUUAAACAGUUAAGAAUUGGACAAAAGAGUUCCUCAGACUGACCAAUAGCUGCUGCUUUGAUAUAUUUUAGUGGGUAUAGAAAUAUAUAAAUAUAUAAUAUAUAGUAUAUAUGGAAUAUUGGUAUUUGUGUACCAAUAUUUUAUAUAUAAUAUAUGACAUUGAUGUUUUUGUAAAUAGUUCAUAUUUGUAAUAUUUUUCAUCAGCUUUGCUAGUAUUUUGUUUUUCCAGGUUUUUUCUUUCUGUUUUUUUUUUUCUUUUCUUAUUUUUAUAGCCCCAGAAAUCACACUAAUCAACCAUCAGUGCUCUCUGUGUCUUAGGCCUCCAGUACUCUCUCCAUCUGAAUGGGACAGGAGAAAGCCCCGAAAUAUUGUCAACUCACUGCAUCGUUUUAAUUUUUUAUUAACCUCUUUCCCAGCUGUCAAUACUUGGAGGCAACUUUACUGCAACGACGACGACGAAGAAAAAAAAACUAAACGUAAUAACCAAAAAAAAAAAAGCUUUAUAAAAGGGGAAUGAGGUCUUUCUAGGUGGAAUUGCACCUGAUGUGUGUUUGUCUCUGUGUCUGCUGUCUCCCUCUGGUCAGAUCACGCUGGAGCUGAGGUCUUUAUGUGUCUGUAAUCACAAAUUUAUAAUGUCUUUCACGUGAUUGUGCUCGUCGUCAUUAGCUGUCAGCGAGUUUAGAGCGCAUGGAGAGCUCAUCUUUGCCCUGGUGAUUGUACUUUCUUACGUUGGUGUAACAGUAAUGGCUUGUCAGUUGUGUCGGUGCUGCUUGGAUCAGGGCAGGGCGGGGAAUUAACACAAGGUCUCAGCCACAUGCAGGCGAAGUGGACAAUGAGGCCCUUUUAAAAAUAAAAACAUGUUUCUGUCUUUAGAAGUAAAAGCCCUCAUAUUUAAAUGGGAGAGCAGUAGCAUUCCCUUCCCAUCUGACCGGCGAUCUGGCGCAGUUCAGGCCCUUACUGUUAGAUGGAAGGUUUUAUUAAAUUCACACCUAGCGGUCCCCUCUCAUUGUGUUUCUGUUAAGUUUGCUCUGCACCACAUGCACCUCCUCAGUUUUCCUGAGGCUUCCCAUUGGCUGCUGGACUCACUGCUCAAAAUCAGGCUGUUGGAAAUUUCCACGUUUUGUGGCGAAGGGCUGAAGAAAAAUACGGAAAGUUCCAGCUGUAUUAGUCCACAGCAGGUAUUGGAGAGAGGGGCAGUCUCUCUCUGUUUCAGUGUGUCUGAGAGAGUGAUUGUUAAUCCUAUUAUUCUCUCUGCUAUCACAUGCAGUUAGGCAGUCAGGACACAGUGUGCUGCAGCUAUUUCACUCAGGUCUGACAUUCCAGGAUUUCGUUGGAACUGCUCGUUCCCUCGCCCCCCUCCCUGUUUUGCCUGCCUGCUAGCAGAGCUGAUACCAUCACCACACCCGAUCUGAUUCAGAACACACACAUGAAAAGGCUUUCUUGUUUUUCCUUCUUAAUAAUCGAGUAUCUGACGUUCGUCCCUCCUGCCGGGAAUCAGAAACAUUCCUGUAAACUGUACCCUUACACAAAGCUACGGAAAAGCAAGUAGUCCUCAUUGGUAAUUCGCUCAUUGUGUCUCUUAAGAUCAUUAAUUCACCAUGACCUUUAUUCAGAGCCCAAAGGCUGCCAGUUUCACAGCAGAUCCUCCGCAUACGGCCUCCUCUCACUCUCUGCAGUCGAUGACGUGGGAGGCGAUAGUCGGCAGACGAGUAGUACCUUUUUUUUUUCUGGACACACAGACCGGUGUGGUUGCCAAUCUAGCCGAACAGCAUUUAGCACUUAUAGUAUAGCCAAAGUGUUGGCAGCUUUCUGUCAACAACGAGAACCCACAGAAUCAGAGUCAGAGAAAGCAGAGAAGCUGCCUCCAUAUCUUACCAGUGCCUUCUCAAACCCAGAGCCACGUCCAGGCUAGUUAUAUUGGCUAGUAACACACACAGGCCUCUGUGCUUUCUCUGUAUUUUUUCUCACGAGGCAGGAGACACAGAAAUCGAAGCUGCAUCUACAUUUGUGUUUGUAGGGUUACAACUUUGUUCUUUGCUGGAGGCAAAGUAGAAGUCUUUCGGGCAGUUUUUAUAUUUUUUAUUUUUCUUUUCAGCUUGUUGCCAGCGUAAGGUUUGAACACUAAUGUUCACCUAGUGCUUUAGCAGUGACACUGUGUAUUGGCCAGAGUCUGUGCUGUUGGGACUCAGAGGCGCCUGAGGUUAUGAUGUAGAUUUUAGGUAAUUAUUCUGAGGAGUUAAAAUCCUGGGCUUUUGUACUUUGUAAAUAAUCUGUGACAUACUGGUAGUUUGGAGAAUAAAAGCAGGAAAAAAAAGCUAUAUUAAAAAAAAAAUCUGAUGCCCGUCAGUUUUGCGUACACAUGACAGAAAAAUGGUGGACCUUAGCUGUGUCACAGUUCCACACUGUAUACUGAUCCUAAAUUCUUAUCUUAACAGUGGCGGAUAGUACAUCUUUGUACUUUGAGUGUACUUAAUCUUCCAGUAUAAACACACUACAUACUCAAAACCCAGUUAGAAUUAGUUGUAGUAUGGAAGUGGGACAUAGCUCUUGUCUCCACCUUGACCUAGGUUGCUUAUCUUGUGGUGGUGUUCACACGCAUAUGCAAUUUUUAAUUAAGAUGGUGCCCAUAUCUUUGAAAUACCAGAUAUUUAUUUUAUUAUGAUCAUUGUCAUUGUAUAAGAAGAACACAGCUUUUUAGUCAAGCAUUUUUAAGGCGUUUGAGGGUGGAGCGAUGUAAAAGCCUAGUUUGUUAUUGUAAAGAUGGAGUAGCUGGUGGUGAGCAGCAGGAGUGCUAGGUAGGUAGGUAGGUAGGUAGUUAGUUAGUAAGUAAGUAAUUGUUGUCGUCUUUGUGUUUGGCCAGAGUCUACCUCAGUGCAUAUGGAGGAAUCAGUCUAAAGAGCCUAAAUCAUCCCUGUCAGUCAAUCAAUAUCCCAUCAUUUCAAAUAAUAUCACUUUAUCAUACAUUACCAACACUGUUGAUUAAUUCCUUUUGGUGUAAUAAACCCCUCUGCCUCCUUGUUUCAGUUUUAGAUCUAAUUUCAAGUCACUGGUGUAGAGCUUAGGGACAAGUCUUCUUGAUACACAGGUAUCAUACCUCUCCUUAUAAUUGUUUCUCCUAGCAAUUAUUAAAUGUUGAAUAUCAGGCAGUAAAUUGGCUUUAUGGACAGUCUACCCUUUUAACUGUUCUUUGUCAGUCUCCCCUGGACGCUGGAAGAAGCAGCGUAGCUUCAUAUUGUGUAUUCCCCUUCUCUUUAUACACCAGUCCUCUGGACUGUACGUACUAAGCGGCUCUACUGGUUUCUGGGGAUGUGACAUUCACGUGAGUCAAAAAGUAAAGAAGACAGACUCGACUCUCAAUGCAUAUCUGUGACCACCUACAGCAAAGGCUAACCAAGCUCAGCCCUGGACCCUCAUGCUCUUUUAAAUCAAACCUGUUGUCUGGCAGAAAGCGCUACUCUUCUUCAUCAGUCUGUCUCUUUGUGGUCAAAACAGUUAGUGUUCAAAUCCCACGUCUCCUCCAGUCGUUGUCGGUUUAUUUGUCUUUUUCUCUGUUCAGAUUUUUGUUUUGUAUAUAUAUUUUUUCUACUGUGAAUAUCAAGAGAUAACCUUUAUUUUCUGUCAGUGCCAUGGAUUGGGUCUGUUUUGGCUGAUCAGGACACUGACGUCUGGGCUGGUUAAAAAAGACGCCCAUCCCUCCUCUCCAGAGGGGAAAAAAAGCUGGACAAUCCUGUGUGCCAUAAUAACUAUAAACAGACUUUAAAUCUAGAUUGUAACUUUUCGUCUCAGGGAGGCGGCCUGAUGCUUUGUGUUUGGAGGAUAAAGAGGUUGAGGAGGAAGAGCUACCUACAUUUAUCGAAUCUGACUGAAGCGCAACUUCUCAGCAUCCUUGCAAAAAGCAAAAUGGAGAUGAUAAGCCCAUGGACAAGUUUUCAACAAGAAAAACCCAAACACCUUUUUGAAAUAUCUGAACUCUUUCUGCCCCUUUGAAGAUAAUCAGGAAUCCUCCUCUUUCUCUGAUGUGAUGUGGUCUGGACUGCCCUCUAGCGGUUGGAUGGGAGCAUUGCAGUUCAGGGGUGGCAAAGCAAACAGGGCCCAGACCCACAGUGCCUUGCUCAGACUAACAGCCCACCUGACCCCCCCUCCAAACCAGUCCAUCCCCACCCCACCCCACGUGUCUCCACCAGUCACUUAAAGAGGAUUUUCCACCUCCAAACAUGAAAUGAAAAGUUGAAACUGUAGAGAAAAAUAUUCUAACUGCUUGGUGGGGGGAAAAUACUGUAAUUUGGAUUAUGAUGAUUUUUACCAAAAAAAAGAAAUGUUGAACUUGUGUCUCUACUCUGCUAAGCACUGGCUUGCUUUGUGCAUGGAAAAUGAAUUAUUUACACCGGCGGAUAGCUUGAUAAUUUGAUGCUUACUGAUUUUGCUUCUCAUCAGUCUGUUUUGACAGCGACGCCCCAAAGCACAUGCAAAAACCCAUGAUUAUUAAUUACAUUUGGGUAUUUCCAUUUGAAAUGCAUUCAGUUGUUCCGUGAUUUUCAAGAAAUGAACUGAUUUAAUAAGCUCUUAACUGUAAAUAGCAGCAGAUCCCCUUAAUCCCCUGAAAAACGAAAGCACUUGAUUUUAGGGAAGUCUUUGUUGAACUCUGAAGACCUAAAAAGCGGUUGGUCAGAGCAUGCUAGUAACACAGCGCAGGGUGAGAACAAAGCUUUGUAUGUAUUAUUGUGUUGUUUUAAAGAAAAGAAAAAAGUAUUACAUUUUAGAGAUGUUGAUUUCUAUUUUUUUUAGCCAAAGUAUGGAGGGCAAAUACAAUUACUUUUUCUGACUGUAAACUUUUACUACUCUUGUACAAUAUGAAUUUAACAUUGUUUUCAAUGUGUAUAUAACUUUUUUCUAAAUUUAAAAAAACAUAGAUGGUUUGUUUUUUGUUGUUUUUUCAUGACACAACCCACUACACCGAAAAGAGCCGAGUUGAGUCUGUCAAUGCAUUUAACAGGAGCAGCACAACUCCAGUCUGAGGGCUUAACCCUGUCUAACAAGACAUGAACAGUACGUGGCCUGAAACGUUUCGCAGCGAACCCUGCUCUUAACCCGAUGCAUGAUCUGAAUGUUGGCCGACAAGACGUCAUGCAUUUCAACCACCCCACCCAGCCACAGCAGCAUGUCACCCAUAAAGCCUUUACUGUGUCACAAAUAUGUCACCUAUCACAAUGUUGUAUGAAAUUGUUUCUGACGAGAGAUGUGUGUUUUAGUUUGCAAAUGUGUUUUUUUAUAUGUGAAAAACUGGAAAAGACCACUGCUCAUCCUUUGAAGAAGAGGAAACGAGUGAUACAAUCCUGAAUAAGCUAAAAAAAAAAAAAGAAAAAAAAAAGCGAAAACGUCACUCAUGGUUCAACAACCAUAUAUCUUUAAGUUUAGACUGUAAAGCUGGAGGUGUUAUAGGAGUAGUUUGCCAUUGUGGGAAAUAACACUUAGUUUGCUUUCUUCCCGAGCGUUAGGUGAGAUGAUUGGAAAUUAAAAUGGAAAUUAAGAGGAUGCAUCUUGUUAGCUUUAGCUUAGCAUAAACAAUAGAAACAGCCAGCCUGUCUCUGUCGAAAGGUACCAGCACAUUUUAAUGUUACAGAUUAACUACAGUAUAUCUUGUUUAUUUAUAAUAUAAAUUAUAAUCCGUACAAAAACCUAAGUGUGAAAAUUACAAAUAUAAUGUGUUAAUUAGUGAGCUUUAGAGGUGUUUGUAGGCAGAUUUUGUUGGGCAGAGCCAGGCUAGUGGUUCCCCCCUGUGCUAAGCUAAGCUAGUCGGCUGCUGGCUGUAGCCUAAUGGGCAGGUACGAGAGUGACAUUGUUCCUCUGAACAGGCGUAUUUUCUAAAAUGUCAAACUAUUUCUUUUAAAGAGGGUCAGCACGAAGGUGACACACCUUUAGCUGUGAAUGAAUUAAGUACUGUCUGUCAGUAGUGUGAUGAUGAUCAUAUUUGUAUUAUUGAUUAGGGAGAUAGGCCAUUGUUUAAAGAUAGUGGGGGGCGAAGCGGGUAUGGUGACCCCGGUUUAGAUGACAAAUUUAAGGAAAAGCAGCCUCUUCUUAAGUUUUAAGAGUCAUCUAUCGGUCCAGUGGUCUACUCCAGUUUACACACCAAUACCUUUAUAUUUAUCUCUAGCCUUUUCCCUAUACCGUGCAUUGUUUAAAUCAAUAGUUAUGUCUGUGUUGUCCUUGGUUGAAGUCUUUACCACAGCUUUCUUUGUCUGUGAUCGCUGCUCCUCCUCCUCUUCCUCUCUUCCUGUGUCCUUAAAGUCUCUUUUUCUCCUCAGUGCACAUAGGUGGUCCCCAGAAUGCUGUGUGUAGUCUUGCAGGAUACCUCUUUAUUAAUGUCAUUUAUUGCAGAUGAAUAUGCUGAUAUAUUGAUUUUGGGAUAUGUUGUGUGUACAUUAUGUUGAGACAUCGGUGCGUAUGCAGACAGCAGGUGUAUUCUGUUUGUGUGUAUGUACAGUCCAAACCCCAAACCCGCAACCCACAGAGAUCGCUUCAUCCCUCACACUGGAUCCAAAUGUGCCAUUAUCUUUAUGUAUCACAUAUAUCAACAUAUUGAACACACACACACACACACACGCAUAUACACACACACACGCACGCACGCAUAUACACACACACGCAUAUUGUACAGGAUAAAAAAUGUGCCAUGACUAAAUGAACGCUUGACAAUUUAUUUUUUCUAUGUUUUCAAAGGAGAGCCAAGUAGUGACAUGUACAGAAAAUGUUGCAAUGAUAUGAAAAUAAAAAAUCUUGCUGUGUGUAAAUUAUUCAACAAUUAACUGUUUAUAUUAAAAUUAUGAAUAAAAUUAUUGGAGAAUA